GGAGUGAGCGACUACUUAGACACAGACACCGGACCAAAAGUUCUCCUGGUGCCGUGUCGAGCGGAGGAAUUCUUAUGCCGCUCCACAGUGCGGCGAAUUCCGACUUGGUGUGAUCUGUUGAAUUUAUCGAGUUGUACGCGCAGCUUUAAAUAUGUUAGGCUGGGAAGAGCUCCGCAAACAAGCGCGUCACCUGGAGAACGAAAUCGAUCUCAAGCUUGUCUCCUUCAGUAAAGUGGGCACCUCGCUCGGUUCCCGAGAUUUCACGCACGAAAACAGUGACACGGUCCCGUUAUUGAGCAGCUCCGCAUCGGGACAUGUGGUUGAUUCCAUGACGGAAGAAAUCGAGCACCUCCUCGGUUUGCUGCAGCAAGUCAACGAUGAAAUGAUUCAGAGCGACGGCGGUGGUGCCUCACGCCAACACACACUGCAGAGACAUCGAGAUAUCUUGAAAGAUUACACCGCAGAGUUCAGCAAAACACGAAAUAAUAUCGAAAGCCGGCGACAACGCGAUGAGCUUCUCGGCGGCUCCACGCGAGCUGCUGGUGACAACUUAAAUAAGAGCAGCCUCAACAGACGAUCCGACAUGUUCCUUAAAGAGCACGAUCACAUACAGAAUUCCGAACGUUUAAUCGGCGAUCAGAUAAAUAUUGCGAUCCGGACCCGGGAAGAACUCCGCAAUCAGCGUACAACUCUGAAAGCUAUACAGACCCGCAUGACGACCUUGGCGAAUAGAUUUCCCAUGCUGAACUCAUUGCUCCAGCGGAUACACAUACGGAAGCGACGCGACUCGAUCAUCUUGGGAGUCAUUAUCGGGAUAUGUACCCUACUCUUAAUUCUCUAUGCCUCGCGUUGAGAGCUCGCAAGCUCAAUUUCACUGGACGUCCUAUCGAUCCCUCCACGGUGUGCUCUCCGGGGGUCCUAUCAAGGCAGACUCCGAGCCCACAGCUGUGCCGCGAAUCAUUGACCAAUACCGUUAAAACCUCCGUCAAGGAGGAUAUUGUUAUGAAAACGAGAGAGGGUAGCGAGGGUCGGGGAGGAACUGUGAGCGGAGAUCUUCGUCUUCGCCCGCGAAGGCGACAAUAAAGCAAACUUCUAUCUUUU